AGAACGAUGUUGACAAGAUUAUAAUUUCUACAAUAGAAAAAGCUUCAAUAAAUUUUCAAGAAAUUUUUUUACAAAAUAUUAACAAAGACUUUAAUUUAGAAAAAAAAUUUGCAAAUAUAUAUAAAAAUAUUUUUUUUUUCAAAUUUCUAUUUAGACUUAUCGACUAAUAUCUAUAAAUAAAAAAAUUCUGAUAAUUCAAAUUACCAAAGAAAAUUCCAUUGCUACAAAAAUAAAACACACUCUAUUUCAUUUAAGGAGAAACAAAAGAAAAAUAGUGUUAAGAUAAAUCAACCAAAGUAAAAUCCAAUGCAAACAUAUCAAUCGAAAUGAAACAAACUUUUAAUAAAACUUUCAACAAAGAAAUCAUUUAAUUUACGCCAUGUGUUCCUGUUAAAAAUCAAUUAGAAAAUAGCAAAAAAAUUGCAAGUGUUUUCCAUAAUGAAACACACUUUUUAAUGAAUUAAAUGCAAUAAAUUACAAGAAAAAAAAUAGAAAAAAUUUAAUUAAUUACAAACUAAAAAAAAAUUUUUGCAUCAAAGAGAAAUAAAGUGUUUUGAAAAAAAUGGUUGAAUUCGAUAUACAAGAUGAUGUGAAUACAGAACUUUUACAAAAACUUAAACAUUUAGAUGUGCGUGUGGAAAAUGGUGACGGGUCAAUGGGCCAGAGUCUGAGUAAAACAUCAUGGUGGAAAUCUUUAAAAUGGAAAGCAACCUUAAAUCAUAUCGGUUUAUUAGUCUCAUUGUCAAUUUAUUGUGGUGUAGGUGGUUUGAUAUUUCGCCAGCUAGAACGACCGGCCGAAGUGGAACGUUUACAAGAAUUAAAAUCUAUUGUUAAAACACAGAGAGAAAGAUUUAUACAUGUGAUAUUAAAUAAUACGGAUGUAAAUAAUUUGGAUGAAUUAUUUAAAUUUGAAUUAGCUAAAUAUGAAGCGGCAGUUCAAGAAGCCGCCGAGGGUGGUUUAUUAAUCGAAGCUGAAAAAGAUUUUCCCGAACCCUACGAACGAUGGAGUAUAUUACAAGCAGUAUUCUUUUCAUCUACAGUUCUAACAACUAUUGGUUAUGGCAAUAUUGUGCCGGUGACGAUAGCAGGCAGAGCAUUUUGUAUAUGCUUCGCAUUAAUAGGCAUUCCCUUUACGCUUACAGUAAUAGCGGAUUGGGGCCGUUUAUUUGCGACAGCAGUAUCAGUGCUAGGCAAACAUAUGCCCAAAACUCCAAAAUUUACAAAUUUUAUUGGCAAAACCUGGUUCUAUGCCUUAUCGGCAGUAUUAUUUCUUUGCGUUUAUUUAGCUAUAGGUGCGGGUCUCUUACUGCUGUGGGAAGAUGAUUGGACAUUUUUUGAUGGUUUCUAUUUUUGUUUUAUAACCAUGACAACAAUUGGUUUUGGUGAUCUAGUACCAAAAAAACCAAAUUAUAUGCUUUUAUGUACCUUAUAUAUACUUAUUGGUUUAGCUUUAACAUCCACUAUAAUUGAGUUAGUAAGACGUCAAUAUGCCACUAGUUGGGCCAAAUUACAAGAACUUUCCGGUCCUAUGGCGGAAACUUUGAGACGUUUGGGCGAGACUGCUGGCACUGGCCUCGAUUAUGCAACUUUACAAAAAGUGUUAACGGUUUCUAUGCCAAAGUGGAAUAUGUCACGUAAAGAUCCAAAUAAUGCGGAUAUAGCUGCUUUAGAAGCCAUUACCAAUGCCAUAUUAAAAGAGGUUAAAGAAGCUCAAAACAAUAAACCAAAAGUUUUACAAAUUGUUAUUUACGAGUCUUCGGUGUAGUUUAUAGAAAUAUUUAAAUUAAUUUUAGGAUAAAUAUAAAAUAAAUUAAAAUUUAAAGAGCAAACAUUCAUAGUCACUUAUUA